AAUAAAUCCCUAAAAUCCCCUAUUUCACCACCGUUUGGUUUUGUGCGAGGCAAAAAGGAUGACAGAAGCGUAUAUCAGGAACAAGCCAGGUAUGGCGAGCGUGAAAGAGAUGCCGUUCCUUCAAGAUGGGCCACCUCCGGGGGGGUUCGCUCCGGUCCGUUACGCUCGCCGGAUCCCAUCAAAAGGUCCAAGCGCUGUCGCUAUAUUCCUUGCUGCUUUUGGUGCUUUCUCUUGGGGUAUGUAUCAGGUCGGCAAAGGCAAUAAGAUCCGCAGGGCUAUAAAGGAGGAAAAGUAUGCUGCCCGGAGGGCUAUUUUGCCCAUGCUUCAAGCCGAGGAGGACGAAAGAUUUGUGAAGGAAUGGAGGAAAUACUUGGAGGAAGAGGCCCGGAUAAUGAAAGAUGUGCCUGGAUGGAAAGUUGGUGAGAGCGUCUACCACUCCGGAAGAUGGAUGCCUCCUGCCACUGGUGAGAUGCGACCUGAGGUUUGGUGAGGUGUUGCGUUAUCAAUCUGAUGAUUGAUGGGUGGUUAAUUUGAUGUCAGUUGUAUCACAUGCAAAUACUUUCUUGAAAAUAAAUCCCGGAUCAAGUCUUGGUACUUUCAAAUGAGACAUUCAUUCUGUUGAAUCCAAAUGCUGUACCUUUAUUUGGCAAUCUGCAAAUGCUGUUACAAA